AUGCCGGACAAUUUGUCCGGGUUUUGUGCCAGGUGUCUGUGGUUGGGUGAUGGCGGUGUUUUCACGUCUGAAGAAAGUGGAGGUGGGCAGGAGUAUCGUGGUCGACGGCGGCCGGGUGGUGCGUUGCCGGAUGGGUGGGAAUUCUUCAAAGAGUUUCAGCGUCCCAUCUGGUUCGUGAUGAGGGGGCAAGACGACGAAGGCGUCGUAGGCGACUAUGUAUUAGGCUGGCUGACCAUGAAGUGUCCCCUAGACCGCGUGUUCGAGACAGCCCUCAAGUCCAAACAGGAAGAAUUCUCCACCAAGUCAACCGCGCAGUGCACCGUCCCUACCCAUAGAGCAGAACGGCGAGAAGCCGAAAAGCGACGCACAUGUUUCUACCGAUAUUUCGACUUGCUCGAAGCUGGCCAGCUGAGCAGACAUAUUCAAACCAAGCUUGGUGGAGCCCGAACCAAGUUUGUAAACGAAACCAAAUUUGGAACUGGAGCCAAGUGCAAUAAAACAAUGGAAGGUGAGGCUAUGGUAAAUGAUGAGGCCGUGGGACAGUGGAGCGGGACGGUGGGUCGGCCGGCGCUGGUAGCAUUGAUAAAUUUGUGCGCGACCCCGCGGUAUUAUGACCCGGAGGAUCUGGGGUCGAUAGAUUACCGCUGGUUUAAAUUCGAUGGUGGCGGUCACGUGUUACGGGAGCGGGAGAUCCGGCGGUUCUACGAGCUGUUCCUGGGCAUUUUACUGACCCGGGGAGUUUUCAUCCCGCAGCCGUUCGGGCGACCAUCCGAUUGGCUACAUGACCCAGCAGUACUCAAACAGCAACUCAGUCGGCUACCUCAACACCCCAUUGCAGCCAUCCACUGUACCCAUGGAGUCAACCGCACUGGCUAUUGCACACUCCUGCUCCUCUGCGCUUUCGGACUCCGCGAUCUCCAAACCGGACUCGACAUCUUCUUCAAGGCCCGCGGACACGAUAUCAAUAAAGACGUCUUCAUAGAACAUAUCCGCGAUAAGUUCUUUGCAAACUCCUCUCCUCAUACAGACAACUACACCCAUCACAUACUUGGUGAGUCUUGUUUUUUUACGCUCUAA